CCCUAAGUUACACCCCCUGUAUGUUGGCGUCGAUUCCUGGUUCCACCCUUUGCUGUUUGUGGUGUUAGUCCAAAUAAUUGUACGUUGACGGAUUUUUUUUAGAUUUUUGAUAUGGCAAAUCCUUCACGUACAAAUUGUUUAGUAUCAAAAGUGGGUAGUUGUUCCGAUCAGGAUUCCGGGUUAAAGCAUAUAGCGUCUAUAAAAUAUCAUAAAAACAAGAAAUAUUACCAGAUAAUGUUAUUUUAUAUUAGUUCCGUACACAAAAAAAUAAAUAUCCAACUUAUAAUUAUGAGUUUGACGGCUUUUUUUCAUUUCAUUCUGUCAAAACAUAACGAUAUAUACAUGAAGGGCACCUGCAAGGCUUUAGGGCACAGUUUUAAAUCGCUCGGAACAUUUCGGCCAUGGCCGAGUUGUUACGAUUGUAUAACGAGGUCUAUCUCGAAGCUUUGUCGGAGGAGGCCGAGCUAUUACGAUUGUAUCGAGUUGUUCCCCUUCGCAUAAUUGUUGUCUGUGUCAAUCAGCUUUCGUUUUAUUGGAAAGGUAAACAACUUGUUUUAAUGCACUAAAUGCUUGUUUUGUGCAAAAUAACAUUUCACUUACAUGGUAAAAUAUGAAUAUAACUCUUUAUGAUCAAUUUCAACCAUAAAAUACUUCACUUAAAACAAUUUCAAUAUUUUUAAAACACCCCCGUUUUUUGCACAUUCCCGUUUAGACGUUAGGGAUUGGAAGAAUCCCGUAUAACACGUCUAUUAUUUUAGACUAUUUGUGGUGUAUGCUUCACUUAUCGACGAUACUAUAGAAGCAACUAGUUUCAAAUAAUUGAUACAAAUUUGACGCCAGUAUAAAGCCAUUUAUAAAAUGUGGAAAAUUGCCCGAAUAUAGAAUAAAUGUAUAUGUCAUUAUUGAUGAAAAUGGAGUCUUCAGCAAAUUGGUGAUGUAUGAAAAAUGACUUUAAACUGGUGUUUCUGAAUCCGAGGCCACUAAUUAAACCAUGAUAUGGUGGACUAUUUUUCAUGUCGCGAGGCCACGAACAUUCUAAAAUUACGUGAUUUUUUAAACAUCUUUCUAUUAAACCACAGCGUAUAAUGUUUGUUUAUAUAAUAUAUUUGGUUCCAAGUCAUUAAUAAGGUAUUGCUAAAAAAAUGUGUUCCAUCGUCGCCAAAAUUGAUUAUUCCUCCAAUGACGGUGUUUUGUAAGUCCUUUGGGUAUUUUCUUAGGCGUUGCACCACAUGCCCUGUCACCAAAGUAAAUGGUUUGUUCGGUUAGCUGAAAUGUAUUAUCUUUAUCAAUUACCUCAAUUUUUUCAUGUUGUGCAUGAAUUUGAGUGAAUAAAUGUGUUGACUUGACUUGACUUGUUAGCGCAGUGAUUAGCGCAUUCGCUUCUCACCUGGGCGACCCGGGUUUGAUCCCCGGCCUGUGCUAAUGUGAGUUUGGUAUGUGGUCACCAAGCCGGACAUGUGGGUGCUCUCCGUGUACUCUAGUUUCUCCCAAAAUACAAGACCACACUCUCGCGUAAAAUCGUGUUAGAGUGAUUAAUAUAAUGUUUUUAUACUGCAACAUCUCAAUCUACUGUAUUCCGAUAUGCAAUAGUUAGGGAUAGUUUGUUUACAAAGUUGCAAUUUAAAAUGUGUUUGAUAAUGACCUAAAAAUGGCUUAAAACAAUAUAAUUAAGGGCUCAAAUACAUUGAAAAUGUACAUCGAAUUUUUGUUUUAUCGGAAGCGUAUGUACAGUCAACUUUUCAAUUGUAUAUUCACUGAUGUUUUAGGAAAUACCCCACAAUGCCAUAUGACCUGAAGUGGUGUGUUAUAUUUCUUUCGCUUUUGAUGUGUUUUAUUGAAUACAUCUAAUAGUGUUUACUUGCGACAACAAUGUCGUUGUGAAAAUUGCAAGCAGCACUCACCAGUUUUUAUGACGUCAGCGGUCCAUAUUAUAUGAAGUUAGCGGUCCAUGUUAUGUUUUUGGCGGGGUCCGGACCGACUAAAAACAUGAUUUAGACCGCUGACGUCAUACAAACUGUUUUUUUUAUUCAAAUACAUUGAUAUACGGACCGCUUUAAAGCUUUUAAAUUUAUACACAAAGAAGGGACACAUUAAUGUACGGUACAAUAUACAUAAAUAAAUCACAGCGUUUACAGAUAAUAUCUUACAGUUCAUGUUGAUACUCUAAUACUGAAAAAUGCUGUUAUGCCAAAAAAGAUAGUGCUUGAAGUUGUUGUUUGUCAAAACCAUAAUGCUGCCCGUCCUUUUUAAAGAUCAUACAUGUAGACAUUUACUUGAUAUUAAUUUAUGUCACGCUCAUGUUUAUGUUGAUCAAUCCAUUUUUAUACACUUUUGUUCGUAGAUGAAAACUGGGUCGCAUUCAAAUGAAAUAAAUGUAAAAUAAAUAUAUGUAUUCAAUUGUGUUUACAUUAAAGCUGCACUCUCACAGAUUGAUCGUUUUGACAACUUGUUUCGUCUUUGAAUGAGCCAAUGCGUUCGUUAAUCUCUGGAAACCAGUAAUAUAAGACUGCUGAUUAAAGAUCAGAUCGCAGUUUAUCCAAUUGACGUUAAACAAAAUUCAUGUGUUUUAUGGCUAAAAGAGUAUCUAAUAGAAAAAUGAAAGUUUCGGCAGUUUACCAAACAAUUGAGGUCUGUUCGAUUGUGAGGUGUCGAAUAUGAUUGAAAUGACAACAUUGAUGCCAAAAUAAGCUGAUUAUGAGACAAAAAAUAAAAAGCGUCAAAACUGACAAUAUUUGUGAGAGUGAAACUUUAAGUAGCUCCUUACUAUUCACAUACUGCAAAACCAUUCGAAUUUGCUUCUCGCGUUGCAAUGCACUAUUUCAGUACACAUCGUUUAUUCCUCGGACGAAUUUUGGAUAUUGCUUACCAAUCCGACUGUGUGACACUUCCGGAUACUCGGAGGACUUCGGACCUGAUGCAAUCGAGUGCAACUACAUACUGGAUGGCCACAUUAAAGAGAAUUUUAAGUUUUCCGACCGGGAGCACAUCCAGACGGACUCUGGUGACUUUGUUGUGAGCCCAAAGCCGGGGGACAAAGUCAGAUGUGGAGUGUUUGUGAUUGCAGCAGCAGAUCUAGAAGAUGACAGACGUGGAAUAUUUAAGAAAAUUGUCAGUCAAAAGGAACUGAUGGAAGAGAAAGGGAUUCCAAGCGUCGUCGUUCUUACAAAAGUGGACAAAUUGUGCAAAGAUGCUUCCCGUGUAUACAAGAACAGUGAUGUGAAAGAGGCUGUGGACACUGCUUCGUCUUUGCUCGGCAUAUCUCGUAACAAUAUAUUCCCAUUGAAAAACUACGAAGACGAAGUAGAAAUUGACGAGGUCGUUAAUAAUAUGGCGUUCAUCAUACUGAAACACAUCAUUUAUCGCGCACUGGAUGGAAUGGAGCCUGUCGGCGACCAGUGUACCCACACUGCUGCUUUGGAAACGACUGAAUCUGAUGUACUUUAAACACUCGUUACAUGCAAAUUUGUAAAAAAGCAUGACUAUGUGCAGUUAUAUUAUAGUUUCUGUAUGUAGUAAGAAUGGCAGCGAGUACAUAUAUUGAUUACAGUGCCGUGCCAUAAAUGACCCUUUUUAUCGUGUU